GUCGAAAGCUCAGUCAAGUUCUGAGCAGCAACAGGUGAACAUUAAAAAUAAAAUAGAAUAAAAUAAAACAUGUCGACUAUUGUGAGAAAAUUAAUCAGCACGGCGAAUGCUGCCAAGCCCGUGGCGCCUUACAACCAAGCAGUUGUGGCCGAUCGCACUGUCUAUGUCUCUGGUUGCUUGGGAUUGGAUAAGUCAACCAUGAAACUGGUACCCGGCGGAGCCACUGAACAAACUCAAAAGGCUUUGGAGAAUUUGGAAGCUGUAUUAAAGGCAGCCGAUUCUGGUGUAGAUAAGGUUAUUAAAAAUACUGUAUUCCUUAAGGAUCUUAAUGAUUUUGGAGCCGUCAAUGAGGUGUACAAGCAAGUGUUUAAUAAGGAUUUUCCAGCACGCAGCUGUUUCCAAGUGGCCAAAUUACCCAUGGAUGCUUUAGUAGAAAUCGAAUGCAUUGCCAUAACUGGUCCAGUUAACACUGUAACUGUCGAAUAGCAAUCAAAGAACAGCAAAUUGUGAAUACAAAUUGUAAAAAAAUUCAAAUUACCUAUGGAAAAUAAUGAAUUUAUUAAGAAAUCAGAAUGUUUUACAUUCUAAUCUUAAAAAAAUUAAAACGAUGUUUUUUUA